GUCCCACGCCUGCAAGUAUUCUGCACCGACGCUUCACCCGACAAGCAGACGACCGGCGGAACAAAGCAGACGGAGGCAGUGCCGUCGCAUCGUUCUGCACCUGGCAUACAACACUACACUCCCCGGCUCUCGAGAACAACGCGAGUACAGUGGUGGUUUGCCUUUGAAUGCAAGCAAGCCCUUGCCGCUGCCUUGAAACGAGCGACGGUGUGAUCGUUGGUGCGUGGGUGUUUCGGUACAGUUGGCGAUCUGUUCGCGCUGCGUGGCUAGCCGGGUGCUUUUGGAGUACGGACGCACAGAACAGACGUUUGACGGAGGUACCUGUUUACGCGGUGGGGGAAAAGAAAAGGAAAAUGAGCGGCCACCUCGGAGACCUGAGCCCAACACAGGAGGCAGCACUCCGAAGCUUCAGGGAGGCGGUUGGAGACGUACUGAAGCCCGAGCAUGACGACCGCUACCUCCUUCGAUGGCUCAGAGCCCGGGACUUCAACCUCAACAAAGCCGAACAGAUGCUGCGGACGCACGUCGAAUGGAGGAAGCAGUUUGGCACCGAUGACGUCAGGAAGUGGCCAGAGUCACCAGAGGUUCUGCGCAAGUACUACCCUGGUGGCUUCGUGGGCCACGACCACGAGGGUCGACCGGUGUCCAUCAUCACGCUCGGCAGCUGCGACCUUAAAG